GAUUUCAAAUUCUAUCCAUUUGAAGAAAUAAAAUAGAAGAUGGGGAGAGCUCCAUGCUGUGACAAAGCCAAUGUGAAGAAGGGACCAUGGUCUCCUGAAGAAGAUUUCAAACUCAAAUCAUACAUCGAUCAACACGGCACCGGAAACAAUUGGAUCGCUCUUCCUCAGAAAAUCGGGUUGAAGAGAUGUGGGAAGAGUUGCAGGCUGAGAUGGCUGAAUUACUUGAGGCCUAACAUCAAGCAUGGUGGAUUUACUGAGGAAGAAGACAACAUUAUUUGCAGCCUCUACAUCAGCAUAGGCAGCAGGUGGUCUAUAAUCGCGGCGCAGCUGCCGGGGAGAACUGACAACGACAUCAAGAACUACUGGAACACGCGGCUCAAGAAGAAGCUCCUCGGCCGGCACAGGAAGUCGAGCUCGAGAAGGGAGCCGGAGGGAGAAGACGGCUUCGAUCUGCAGAACCUGAGCAACUCAGCCAUGGAGAGGCUCCAGCUCCACUUGCAGCUGCAGACCCUCCAAAGUCCUUUCUCUCUCUACAACAAUCCUGCCCUCUGGCCCAAGAUGAUCGAAACCCUAGAUUCUCUCAAUCAGAAUAUUCCAGCCUUGAAUCUCCCCGCCCCUCCUGCUCUCGAUUCAAUGAAGAUUCCGUUUCACUUCGACGAGAAAUCCGGGAUGGUGGAGCAGAAUCCUAUUUUAGUCAACGACGGUUUUGGUGCGGCGGCGGGAGGGGAAAAUCUGCAGACAAUUGGUGAUGAUGAGUUGGAUUAUUUUAAGGAAAUGGGUGGUGUAGGGAGGGAGAAUGUUGCAUGGUGGUGUAAUGAAUUGGAGGUGAAGUCGAGCUCGUGGGAUUCGACGGCUGUGAUUGAUGAGCAUGUGUAUGGAGAUUAUGGUAUGAGUUUUUAGGGGUUUGUUUAGUUCAUAAACCAGGGGAGUUUGGUCUUGUAUAUUGUUGUGAAUACGUGUUUUCUUUUUAGGGAACGACUGAAUAAACGUUACCAUUUGCAUAA